AUGAAGAAUGAACACGACUCCACGACGUCCUCUGCACUCGUCUCCACCCCGUCUGUUGUCUCCGACAGUGUGCAGGCGAUGAUAAAGGCCGCCGCCGAGUUCACAGAUCUUCUCACGGACUCCACCGAACAACAACUGCGGUUGCGCACAUCACUGAGUGCGUUGGUCGAUGUUCUUCGCAGCGGCACCCGAACAGCCGCGCAGAAACAGGGAAUGUACGGAGCUCAACGACUGGUCGUGGCGGGAUCAGCGGAAAGUGGAAAAAGUACACUUGUGGAGUUGUUGCUAAAGUGCCCCCCAUCACUCGCAGAGGUGGACACGAUGGAAGAUACCGAUAAUGAUAGCAAUGGAAGUGGACCCGCUGAGAAAAUACCACCAGAUCUUUUUGAACGUUUACCAACACGACCAAAUGUAAACGGCGGUGCUGCUCUUCUUGCGAGUUCACCAAUGGAACUUCCACCAUUACAUCCAAAUGAUACGUCUUGUCCUAAUGAAGGAAUAGAUGAUAUUUCGGCUUCUGCUGUUGGUAAUGGUGGUACACUAACAAUGACACUCUCUAGUGCUGUUUCUGGUGGUGGUAUUCUCUUCUCACCAUCCUUCGUUCCAAAUAAUAAUAACAAUAAUAAUAACAAUCAUAAUAAUAAUAAUAAUAAUAAUCAUACACGGCGUGAGCGGAGUGCGACGUGGGAGACGGAUGUAAGUAUGGAUCCGGAUGAGACUGUGGGACUCAGUAAUACACAUUUACCAUUCUUACGUGAACGUGGACGACGUAGACUUUGUCGGGCAGAGGAUGAACCGCGAGGGAAACCAUCCUUUAAAUUUGUUACCGUCUCACCUUUUCCAGAUUGUCGUUUAUUACAUUCUACAGAAAAUGGAGUUCUUUCACCAUCUGUGAAUUCGGCAUUACAUCGUAUGAUUUCUAUGCGACCAGGUUCUUUUGAUACGACCAUUGUGGAUCGUAUUCGAAUGAGAAAGAAUAGAAUCAUAUCUAGAUCUUCUGUAGGAUUAAGAGAUGAGAUGAUUCCUAUUCAACAAAUAGCAACUUCUACAUUACCAUAUAAUUCUACAAUUUCUCAUAGGACUAGAGAAUUUUCACUACAAACGUUAACGGCGUCUGUAAGAACUAGAACUGAUACUAUGAAAGAAGUCCCAAUAACACCUUGGUCAUUACAAGAAUGUAGUGGAGGAGUUAUACGUAGUGAACGAGAAGGAAUGACAUCAUAUCAAGUUCCAGAUACUUUAUGUGGAGAAUCUUUUAUUUUUACAAUUCCUGCAGAAGUAGUUGGUACUUCACGUAUGGUAGAUUGCAUGGCUGAACUCUUUGGUCUAUUUGCACUUCCUUUGCUACAUAAUGAAACAAAUAAUGAUGUAGAUGAUCUCUCUUCAAGUCCAAAACCAAGUCAAAGUGAAGGAAAAGAUACUGGAAGUACUGAUAAGGAUAAUUAUUAUCAUCAUAGUAAGAAUGAUAAAAAUGGUAUUACGGAUGGAAGAAGUAUAUGUCAAUUAAUAGCAGAUUUAACUUUAUUUGUAUUAACCUUUUCCGAUGCUAUUAUUACCCGUGCAGAAGGAGUCAUGACAUUAGAUGAAGAACUUAUGAAACGUCCUCCUCCAAUGGCACGUACAUUACCCGAACUUGUGACUUUAUUUCAAAAGGAAGUUGAGAAAAUUUACGGUAUUUCUGUAGCUUCUUGGCAAGUAAUUCCAUUUAGUGGAAGUAUGAGUCACGUUACACAUGAUGUACUUCAAUCCUUUUUUGAUCUUCGAGUAAUUCCACCAGUUGUACAAGAAACAGAAACGGUAGAUACCGAUUUAUUAUCUUCUUCUACCAAUACACUGUUAGGUCCAUCUAGUUCUUCCAGUACUUUUAUGAUCCCACCAGCAGCGGGUGGUGGGUCAUUGAUAUCUUUGCGUAGAGCCAUAUCUAAAUACUGUGAUGUGGUAUUUGGAGAACAUUUUAAUACUCGUAAGUCUGUACUUUCAGAGGAACAAUUAGAAAAGAUUGUUUGGCAUCAUGCUCUUACAAGUAUGUGGGAAGAUUCUGGGGCUGAGCAACUCUUUAAUGCAGUGAAAUAUUUUGAAAGUAAUUAUUUAGAAAACUUUUUUGCCCAUGCUGCGGUUUCUCUUGUCGUUUGGUGUCAACAGUUAAAAAUGGUAUUACCACAAGCAAGAAAAUUUGUUCGAAGACGUCUGAAAACGUGUAGACGUGAACUUCAAUAUAUGAAGAAACAGAGUGAUGCAAGAGUAUUAAGUAUUACACGAAUAAAGAAAGAAAUUAUUCCAAGAGAUAUAUCACGUGGAAUUCAAUCUCAAUUUCAAGAAAAAUUUGAAGAACUUACAGUUCGUUUUUGGUGGACUUUAUUCGAUAUUAUAGAAACAGAAAAUGAACGUUGUGGAGUCUGUCCUCGUACUUCUAAACGACAUCCAGCAUCUUCACUCUGUCAUUCAUCCUUACCAGCAUGUACACAGGCACGGGAAAGAUUACGAAAAGAAUAUCAGGCUUUUGUACAUCUCUUUAUUAACAAAAGCUAUGAAGGACAAGUUUCUCAUCUGCGAAGUAUUAUCACAGAAAAGAAACAGAAAAAAGAUGGUCUAUUGAAUAGUAAUGAUGAAGUGAAAGGAAAUGAACAUGUAGACUCACAUACUCCCAAAGCUUCAAAGACUUCAGAUUUUCAGAGAAAUGAAACGAAAAAACAUCAUAUCCCUUUUGUUGAGCAUAAUGCAAGGAAUUUUAAAGCAACUAUGGAGAAGGAGUUAACUCUUCAUUUAUCACGUUUUAAUACAGAAGUAAUAAAUUUAUUCGUAGCGGAACUUGUAGCUGUUAUGCCGGAUUUUACAAGAAUGUGUGAACGACAACGUAAUUUAGUAGGACGUAAGUUACUUCGAAUUUUUGCUUCUGUAGAUUAUUAUAGAGGUUAUGAAUCUAGUGAGAAAAAUCUACGUUCAUUGUUAAAGACGUUUUCUCAUUUAUCUCUGGUUGAGUUAAGACCAUCUUCAGAACUAGAGGUGUUUGUAACCGGUUUACGUGGUUCACUUUGUGAAGAUCAGAUUCUUCUUAUUCUUAGAGAUUUAACACAACAUAAUGAAACGCAAGAAACCUCUUAUGCUUCAAGAUCUUUGGCGUAUCUGCGCAAGCAAGAAAAAGAAAUUAAUUCUGGAGAAUUUCAAUAUAAAGAAGUUAUGCAUUCUGAUGAUCCAACUUUAUUAGAUGAAAUACAAGAUCUAGAAACAAGUUUCUGGGCACCAUUGGAUAUGGGGGAUAUGAAACAACAUUCCGCUAAUUGGAUGCGAAAAGCUGCAUCUUUUGGCGUGGAACGAACAACAACUACUAGAAUAAUGGAAAAGAAUACGAGAUGCAGUAAUGCGAGUAUAGUUCAGUUUGGAUUUUCUUCCGCUACCGUAUCUUCUGAAGACACUGGAGCGAAAAAACAAAGACAGCAAGAAGAGCAUGGGGAAGGGAUUCUACCAAAACAGAAGGAAGAACGAGAAAAUGUUAUUAUUGAGAGUCAUAUCAUGUCAACGAACCCUCUUUGGUUUCUUCUUGCAGUCUGGAAAGAGACACUCUCUGCCAUGUCAUUUCAUCCAUGGGUUCUACUACGCAGUUUCCGAUAUGGUGGACUCUUGAACAAUAUUGUUUCUACUUUUGUUAAACAACAAGAACAUCUUGUGAUUAACUUGAAAAAUGAAAUAUCUGAAAUUGAGGCUGCCCUUCAAGGUAUUCGUAAAGAAAUGUCUCAGGUUGUGGAAAAUAUUCCAAUGGCACUUAAUCGUCUUAGUAGUAUAGCCACAACUGCCGCUCAUGAAAUGAAGGCUCUUAAAGCAUCUACGGUAACAGCUACAGCAACUUCUCGUUUUGAUGUAUGA